CACCCGAGGCUGGGCAGUCCGGAGCGAGGCCCCCUCCGGAAGGUGAGGGGAAUGGAUUGGGCUCCGGUGGGGAAGGCGGGUGUCUCGAAGUGGUACUAAUGGGAAGAGAUCGCUGGCUUCCUGGGAGGAUGCGCUGUCACAAAGAGCGGCUCUCGCGCCGGCCUGGGCUCUAGCCCGGGAAGAUCCCGGGAGAACUCCGAGCCCCAAGCGCUCCACAAGACCCGGGUCAACAUGCCUGUUCGCAGGGGGCAUGUGGCACCGCAAAACACAUUCCUGGGGACCAUCAUACGGAAAUUUGAAGGGCAAAAUAAAAAAUUUAUCAUUGCAAAUGCCAGAGUGCAGAACUGUGCCAUCAUCUAUUGCAAUGAUGGAUUCUGUGAGAUGACUGGUUUCUCCAGGCCAGAUGUCAUGCAGAAGCCCUGCACCUGCGACUUUCUCCAUGGACCGGAAACCAAGAGGCACGAUAUUGCCCAAAUUGCCCAGGCAUUGCUGGGGUCAGAGGAGAGGAAAGUGGAGGUCACGUACUAUCAUAAAAAUGGGUCCACUUUCAUUUGUAACACUCACAUAAUUCCAGUGAAAAACCAAGAGGGUGUGGCUAUGAUGUUCAUCAUUAACUUUGAAUAUGUGACAGAUGAAGAAAAUGCUACCUCCCCAGAGAGGGUAAACCCAAUAUUACCAGUCAAAACUGUAAACCGUAAACUUUUUGGGUUCAAAUUCCCUGGUUUGAGAGUUCUCACAUAUAGAAAGCAGUCCCUACCACAGGAAGACCCAGAUGUGGUAGUCAUAGACUCAUCAAAGCACAGUGAUGACUCAGUGGCCAUGAAGCAUUUCAAAUCUCCCACGAAAGAGAGCUGCAGUCCCUCUGAAGCAGAUGAUACAAAAGCCUUGAUCCAACCCAGCCAAUGUUCUCCUCUGGUGAACAUAUCAGGACCUCUGGACCAUUCUUCUCCCAAAAGGCAAUGGGACCGACUCUACCCUGACAUGCUGCAGUCCAGUUCCCAACUAACUCACUCCAGAUCAAGGGAAAGCCUCUGCAGCAUACGAAGAGCAUCCUCAGUUCAUGACAUAGAAGGGUUCAGUGUGCACCCCAAGAACAUCUUUAGAGAUCGACAUGCCAGUGAAGACAAUGGUCGCAAUGUCAAAGUUUCACGAUCGUGGAUGGCAGGGGGGCCUUUUAAUCAUAUCAAGUCAAGCCUCCUGGGAUCCACGUCAGAUUCAAACCUCAACAAAUACAGCACCAUCAACAAGAUUCCACAACUCACUCUGAAUUUUUCUGAUGUCAAAACUGAAAAAAAGAAUUCAUCCCCUCCUUCUUCAGAUAAAACUAUUAUUGCACCCAAGGUUAAAGAUCGAACACACAAUGUGACAGAGAAAGUAACCCAGGUUCUUUCUUUGGGAGCAGACGUCCUGCCAGAAUAUAAACUGCAGACACCACGCAUCAACAAGUUUACAAUAUUGCACUACAGCCCCUUCAAAGCAGUCUGGGAUUGGCUCAUUUUGCUCUUGGUCAUUUACACUGCUAUAUUCACUCCCUACUCUGCAGCCUUUCUCCUCAAUGACAGAGAAGAACAGAAAAGGCGAGAAUGUGGCUAUUCUUGUAGCCCUUUGAAUGUGGUAGACUUGAUUGUGGAUAUUAUGUUUAUUAUAGACAUUCUCAUAAACUUCAGAACAACCUAUGUAAAUCAGAAUGAAGAAGUGGUAAGUGACCCUGCCAAGAUAGCCAUCCACUACUUCAAAGGCUGGUUCCUGAUCGACAUGGUUGCCGCUAUUCCUUUUGACUUGCUCAUCUUUGGGUCAGGUUCUGAUGAGACAACAACCUUAAUUGGUCUUUUGAAGACUGCUCGACUCCUACGUCUUGUGCGAGUGGCCAGGAAACUGGAUCGAUACUCAGAAUACGGUGCUGCAGUUCUGAUGCUCUUAAUGUGCAUCUUUGCUCUGAUUGCUCACUGGCUGGCUUGCAUUUGGUAUGCAAUUGGGAAUGUAGAAAGGCCAUAUCUGACUGACAAAAUUGGAUGGUUGGAUUCCUUAGGACAACAAAUUGGGAAACGUUACAAUGACAGUGACUCAAGUUCUGGACCAUCUAUUAAAGACAAAUACGUCACAGCACUUUAUUUUACCUUCAGCAGUCUAACCAGUGUAGGAUUUGGAAAUGUGUCUCCUAACACCAAUUCGGAGAAAAUCUUUUCAAUUUGUGUCAUGUUGAUUGGCUCCCUAAUGUAUGCAAGUAUUUUUGGGAACGUUUCUGCAAUUAUUCAAAGACUAUACUCGGGAACUGCCAGGUACCACAUGCAGAUGCUGCGAGUAAAAGAGUUCAUUCGCUUCCACCAAAUCCCCAACCCUCUGCGGCAACGUCUUGAAGAAUACUUCCAGCAUGCAUGGACUUACACCAAUGGCAUUGACAUGAACAUGGGAUUUCCAGAAUGCUUACAAGCUGAUAUCUGUCUACAUCUAAACCAAACUUUGCUGCAAAAUUGCAAAGCCUUUCGAGGCGCAAGUAAAGGUUGCCUUAGAGCUUUGGCAAUGAAGUUCAAGACCACGCAUGCACCUCCAGGAGAUACCCUUGUUCAUUGUGGGGAUGUCCUAACUGCACUUUAUUUCUUAUCCAGAGGCUCCAUUGAAAUCCUCAAAGAUGACAUUGUGGUAGCUAUUCUUGGAAAAAAUGAUAUCUUUGGAGAAAUGGUUCACCUUUAUGCCAAACCUGGCAAGUCUAAUGCAGACGUACGAGCUCUUACAUACUGUGACUUGCACAAAAUUCAACGAGAAGACUUGUUGGAGGUUUUAGAUAUGUAUCCAGAAUUUUCUGACAACUUUCUAACAAAUCUAGAGCUGACUUUCAACCUACGGCAUGAGGGUGCAAAGGCUGAUCUUUUACUACGAUCCCAAUCCAUGAAUGAUUCUGAAGGGGUCAACUUUAAACUGCGAAGGAGGAGACUGUCUUUUGAAAGUGAUGGAGAGAAAGAUUUUGGCAAAGAAAAUAGCACAAAUGAUCCUGAGGACUCUACAGAUACUAUAAGACAUUAUCAGAGUUCCAAGAAACACUUUGAAGAGAAAAAAAGUAGAUCAUCAUCUUUUGUUUCCUCCAUUGACGACGAGCAGAAGCCCCUCUUCUCAGGGAUAGUUGAUUCUACUCCCAGAAUAGGAAAAGCUUCUGGGCUCCAUUUUGAAGAAACCAUCCCCACCUCAGGAAGAAUUCGCAUAGAUAAGAAAAGUCAGUCUUGCAAAGAUAUCACUGACAUGCAGAGCUGGGAAGGAGAGCGUGCAGGGGCUCAGCCUGAAGAGCCCAGUCCCUCAGUACUUCAGCGAGCUGCCUGGGGUAUCUCUGAAACGGAAAGUGACCUCACCUAUGGGGAAGUGGAGCAAAGAUUAGAUUUGCUUCAAGAACAACUUAACAGACUUGAAUCACAAGUGACAACAGAUAUCCAAACCAUCUUACAGCUGCUGCAGAAACAAACCACGGUGGUCCCCCCAGCCUAUAGCAUGGUGACUGCGGGAGCAGAGUAUCAGAGGCCCACACUCCAUUUGCUGAGAGCCAGUCACCCCAGGGCAUCCAUUAAGACUGACCGCAGUUUCAGCCCCUCUUCACAAUGUCCAGAAUUCCUAGACCUUGAAAAAUCUAAACUUAAAUCCAAAGAAUCUCUCUCAAGCAGAAUGCAUCUGAACACAGCUUCAGAAGACAACUUGACUUCACUUCUAAAACAAGAUAGGGACGUCUCUUUGGAGCUCCACCUGCGGCAAAGGAAAACAUACCUGCAUCCCAUCAGGCACCCAUCUUUGCCAGACUCUUCCCUAAGCACUGUAGGAAUGUUGGGUCUUCACAGGCAUGUUUCUGACCCUGGUCUUCCAGGGAAAUGAUCAUUUUGUACUAUUUAUUCCACAUGCAACGUAAGUGCUUUUAAUGGCUGUUUUCCUUUUUGUAUUUAAAUCCUCUUUACUUGACUCAGGGGCUCACAAGGUACCAUUAUAUGCAAAAGUACUGUAUAUUUUCCUAAAUUGAAGCUUGUAAGGUAAAGUUGUGCAGUUAGGAUGUAAAUAUCCAUAAGCAUUUGGUUCCAAAUGUUAAGACGGCCAGCAUCUCAUGGCAUGUUAUUUUUUAUUUUUGUUUUUUAAAUCAUAUGCAUGCUAAGAAACUCCAGUUUCUCUUGCAUGGAGAUGCCCUGCUCACUGCUUUCACUGAACCAGUACUUCAUUAUGAAAAUGCCUUCCAAGCAAAUUAGAAACCAAGGGAUAACAGUGUUCAUGGAUACAAUUUAGAUGAACCUUGACUUUUGGGAAUUCAAGGGGGACAAAGAGGAAUUAGUCACUUUUAUGAACAGAUAUAGAUAGCUCAUUAUCUUUGUUUCUCCAUAAUGAGAAAAAAAAAGAUGAAAAGUUUUGAGUUUUAAAUCUCAGACAGCAAAAGGAGUUACCUCCAAAAAUAGGAAAGAGUUAAAAUGAAUUUUUUCCUCCAACA